AUGUUCUCCGCAAUCCCCAUUUCAAUAUGCCAACCAUCUCCAACUCAAGUUCGAGACCUUGAUGGGAACUUGGUGCGUUCUGGUACAAAGUACUACAUCUUGCCUGUGAUCCGAGGAAUGGGUGGCGGUGUUACACUUGCCUCCACGAGAAAUGAGUCAUGCCCACUUGACAUUGUCCAAGCCAAUCAAGAAGUAGAUAAUGGCAUGCAACUGACAUUUACACCGGUAAACCCUAAGAAAGGUGUCAUCCGGGAAUCAACUGAUCUCAACAUUAUAUUCUCGGGUGCAUCUACCUGCCUUCAGUCGAAAGUUUGGAUGCUCGAGGAGUACGAUGGACAACUUAUCACAACUGGUCAUGGAGUAGCAGGAAACCCUAGUCAAGAAACCAUCAAUAACUGGUUUAAGAUAGAAAAGUAUGAGGAUGGUUACAAGCUUGUGUUCUGCUCGAAAGUAUGUGACCUUUGCAGGCCUAUUUGUGGAAAUAUUGGUGUUGUGAUUGCUAAAAAUGGAAGUAGACGUCUGGCUGUUAAUGAAGUGCCUUUUAAGAUUAUGUUUAAGAAGGCAUAA